AUGUUAUUUGCCUCAAGACUUUUCCUCUUCGUUUGUGCUGCUUCAAAACUCUUCCUUCUCAUUUGUGUUGCUUCAAGUCUCUUCUUCGUUUGUGUUGCUUCAAGUCUCUUCUUCCUCGUUUCUGUUACCUCAAGUCUCUUCCUCCUCGUUACUGUUGCUUCAAGUCUCUUCCUUCUUAUUUGUGUUGCUUCAAGUCUCUUCUUCCUCGUUUCUGUUGCCUCAAGUCUCUUCCUUCUUAUUUGUGUUGCUUCAAGUCUCUUCUUCCUCGUUUCUGUUGCCUCAAGUCUCUUCCUCCUCGUUUCUGCUGCUUCAAGUUUCUUCUUCCUCGUUUCUGUUGCCUCAAGUCUCUUUCUCCUCGUUUCUGUUGCUUCAAGUCUCUUCCUUCUUAUUUGUGUUGCUUCAAGUCUCUUCUUCCUCGUUUCUGUUGCCUCAAGUCUGUUCCUCCUCGUUUUUGUUGCUUCAUGUCUCUUCUUCUUCGUUUGUGUUACUUCAAGUCUCUUCCUUCUCAUUUGUGCUGCUUCAAGUCUCUUCUUCGUUUGUGUUGCUUCAAGUCUCUUCUUCCUCGUUUCUGUUGCCUUAAGUCUCUUCCUCCUCGUUAGUGUUGCUUCAAGUCUCUUCCUUCUCAUUUGUGUUGCUUCAAGUCUUCUUCCUCGUUUCUGUUGCCUCAAGUCUCUUCCUUCUUAUUUGUGUUGCUUCAAGUCUCUUCUUCCUCGUUUCUGUUGCCUCAAGUCUCUUCCUCCUCGUUUCUGCUGCUUCAGUCUCUUCCUUCUCAUUUAUGUUGCUUCAAGUCUCUUCCUUCUCAUUUGUGUUGCUUCAAGUCUCUUCCUUUCUUAUUUUCCUCCUCAUGUUGCUUCAUGUCUCUUCCUUCUUAUUUAUAAUGUUGUUCAAGUCUCUUCCUUCCUUGUUUCCAUAACUUUCUUCUCAGUCUCUUCCUCUUCGUUUGUGUUGCCUUUAAAUCUCUUCUUUAUUUCUCCUUUGUGUUGCUUUCUUUUUUUCUUCUUUUCAUCCUUCUUUUGUUUAUUUCUCUUCUUCGUUUGUGUUGCUUUUUCUUCCUUCUCAUUUAGGUUUCUUUUUCUUCCUCGUUUCUGUUGUCUCUUCCUGCUUAUUUCUGUUGCCUCAAGUCUCUUCCUCCUCGUUUCUGUUGCUUCAAGUCUCUUCCUUCUUAUUUGUGUUGCUUCAAGUCUCUUCUUCCUCGUUUCUGUUGCCUCAAGUCUCUUCCUCCCUCGUUUUCUGUUGUGUUACUUCAAGUCUCUUCCUUCUUAUUUGUGUUGCUUAAGUCUCUUCUUCCUCGUUUCUGUUGCCUCAAGUCUCUUCCUUCUCGUUUCUGUUGCCUCAAGUCUUCAAUUGUCUCUUCCUUCUUAUUUGUGUUGCUUCAAGUCUCUUCUUCCUCGUUUCUGUUGCCUCAAGUCUCUUUCCUUCUCGUUUCUUCUGCUUCAAGUCUCUUCCUUCUCAUUUGUGUUGCUUCAAGUCGCUUCCUUCUUAUUUGGCAUGUUGCUUCUCUUCUUCCUCGUUUCAGUUGCCUGUCUUCCUUCUUAUUUGUGUUGCUUCAAAUCUCUUCUUCCUUUGUUUCUGUUGCCUCAAGUCUCUUCCUUCUUAUUUGUGUUGCUUCAAGUCUCUUCUUCCUCGUUUCUGUUGCCUCAAGUCUCUUCCUUCUCGUUUCUGUUGCUUCAAGUCUCUUCCUUCUUAUUUGUGUUGCUUCAAGUCUCUUCUUCCUCGUUUCUGUUGCCUCAAGUCUCUUCCUUCUCGUUUCUGCUGCUUCAAGUCUCUUCCUUCUCAUUUGUGUUGCUUCAAGUCUCUUCCUUCUUAUUUGUGUUGCUUCAAAUCUCUUCUUCCUCGUUUCUGUUGCCUCAAGUCUCUUCCUUCUUAUUUGUGUUGCUUCAAGUCUCUUCUUCCUCUAACGUCUCUUCUCUAACGUCUUUCUCAUCUUCUUCUUCUUCGUUAUCUGCUUCUUCUUCAUCAUCAUUUUCUUCUUCUUCUUCUUCUUCUUCUUCUUCUUCUUCUUCUUCUUCUUCUUCUUCCGUCCUGUUGAGCACAGAAAUCAUUUGCAAUGUUCUGUCAUAUUUGUCUAAUAUAAUCUAUAUCUGUUCAUAUCUAUCUAUCUAUCUAUCUAUCUAUCUAUCUAUCUCUGUUCAUAUCUAUGUCUUUUGCCAGUCUAGAUGA